AUGACCCCCAACCUCAAUCCCCAGGGAGGCGGCCACUACUUUAUCGACCGAGAUGGCAAGGCCUUCCGGCACAUCCUCAAUUUCCUACGGCUGGGCCGCCUGGACCUGCCCUGUGGAUAUGGGGAGACAGCGCUUCUCAGGGCAGAGGCUGACUUUUACCAGAUCCGGCCCCUCCUGGAUGCCCUGCGGGAACUGGAGGCCUCUCAGGGGACCCCGGCACCCACAGCCGCCCUGCUCCACGCAGAUGUAGAUAGCAGCCCCCGCCUGGUGCACUUCUCUGCUCGUCGGGGCCCACACCACUAUGAGCUGAGCUCUGUCCAGGUGGACACCUUCCGGGCCAACCUCUUCUGCACCGACCCUGAGUGUCUGGGUGCCAUGCGUGCCCGAUUUGGUGUGGCCAAUGAGGACAGGGCGGAGGGAGGCCCACACUUUCAUCUGGAAUGGGCCCCCUGCCCUGCAGAGCUCCCCGAAGUGGAGUACAGGAGACUGGGGCUGCAGCCGCUGUGGACUGGGGGGCCAGGAGAGCGACGGGAGGUGGUGGGCACUCCGGGCUUCCUGGAGGAGGUGCUGCGGGUGGCCCUGGAGCAUGGCUUCCGUCUCGACUCCGUCUUCCCUGACCCCGAAGACCUGCUCAACUCCCGAUCUCUGCGCUUUGUCCGGCACUAG